UGUGUGGGAAGUAGUCUGUAAUGGGGGAGGGAGUGAGUGAGUGAGGGGAGAUGUGUGAUAAGUAGUCUGGAAUGAUCCAUAAUGGUCUAAAUAGCCUCCCCUCAGCUUGCUCCAGUGGCCAAGCCCCUUCAGACUGUUUGUUUAGCAGAGGUUGGAGCAUGAGGAAACUUGUCUUGCUCCCGCUCACUGUUGCCUUGUUUAGCAGAGGUUGGAGCAUGAGGAAACUUGUCUUGCUCCCUCUCACUGUUGCCUUGUUUAGCAGAGGUUGGAGCAUGAGGAAACUUGUCUUGCUCCCGCUCACUGUUGCCUUGUUUAGCAGAGGUUGGAGCAUGAGGAAACUUGUCUUGCUCCCGCUCACUGUUGCCUUGUUUAGCAGAGGUUGGAGCAUGAGGAAACUUGUCUUGCUCCCGCUCACUGUUGCCUUGUUUAGCAGAGGUUGGAGCGUGAGGAAACUUGUCUUGCUCCCGCUCACUGUUGCCUUGUUUAGCAGAGGUUGGAGCAUGAGGAAACAUGUCUUGCUCCCGCUCACUGUUGCCUUGUUUAGCAGAGGUUGGAGCAUGAGGAAACUUGUCUUGCUCCCGCUCACUGUUGCCUUGUUUAGCAGAGGUUGGAGCAUGAGGAAACUUGUCUUGCUCCCGCUCACUGUUGCCUUGUUUAGCAGAGGUUGGAGCCUCAGGCAGCCUGUCUUGCUCCCUCUCACUGCCACCUUGUUUAGCAGAGGUUGGAGCCUCAGGCAGCCUGUCCUGCUCCCGCUCACUGUUGCCUUGUUUAGCAGAGGUUGGAGCCUCAGGCAGCCUGUCCUGCUCCCGCUCACUGCUACCUUGUUUAGCAGAGGUUGGAGCUUCAGGCAGCCUGUCCUGCUCCCUCUCACUGCUACCUUGUUUAGCAGUGGUUGGAGCUUCAGGCAGCCUGUCCUGCUCCCUCUCACUGCUACCUUGUUCAGCAGUGGUUGGAGCCUCAGGCAGCCUGUCCUGCUCCCUCUCACUGCUACCUUGUUUAGCAGAGGUUGGAGCCUCAGGCAGCCUGUCUUGCUCCCUCUCACUGCUACCUUGUUUAGCAGAGGUUGGAGCCUCGGGCAGCCUGUCUUGCUCCCUCUCACUGCUACCUUGUUUAGCAGAGGUUGGAGCCUCGGGCAGCCUGUCCUGCUCCCUCUCACUGCUACCUUGUUUAGCAGAGGUUGGAGCCUCAGGCAGCCUGUCCUGCUCCCUCUCACUGCUACCUUGUUUAGCAGAGGUUGGAGCCUCAGGCAGCCUGUCCUGCUCCCUCUCACUGCUACCUUGUUUAGCAGAGGUUGGAGCCUCAGGCAGCCUGUCUUGCUCCCUCUCACUGCUACCUUGUUUAGCAGAGGUUGGAGCCUCAGGCAGCCUGUCUUGCUCCCUCUCACUGCUACCUUGUUUCUUCCCAUUUAGCGGUUUCUGCUUUGCUCCCCAUUUGUUCUCUCCUCUCUCUCUUUUCUCUCACUCACUAUUUUCUCCUUCUCUCUUCUCUGUUUCUCCUUCUCACAAUUUUUUCUCGCUCUUCUCUUUUUUCUCACUCUUUUUUUCUAGCUCUCUCUCGUCUCUCGCUCUUUUUCUCUCUCGCUCUUUUUCUCUCUCGCUCUUUUUCUCUCUUGCUCUUUUUCUCUCUCUCGCUCUUUUUCUCUCUGUUUUCUCUGUCUCUCAGGCUGGAGUGUGAUAGGGUGUGGUAGGCACUAGGCAGUGUAAAGAAGUGGCAACAGAACAAGCCCUGGGGGCAGUUCAGUGGUAUCCAUAUAUGGAUGAGACUGAGACACGUAGUAAGACGAAGACACCCUGUAGUACCCUGUUAUGUAACCAACUCAAUACACAAUCAGGGGUUCUGCUGUGCUGCAUCGAUGAAACACUUUCAAACGCUCUCAAUUGCUCUGGAUCGUCAAUAAUGGCUUGGGGAUGAGGCAUGUUUGAGUUGUAGAGCACUGCUAUUGAAUUAUAGAGCACUGGUAUUUUAGGAGGUGUGGGGUUGGUCAACAAGACUCAGACCACCCACUCAACCACGGCAACGCCCUUACGCUGUAAAAUAACAUUCUCUCCUCCUUUCUCUCUCCUUCCCUCCAUCCUUCCC